GGCUCCGGGGCUCCCCCAUGAGGCUGCGCUGUGGCCCCCGCGCCUGCGACCGCGGCCCCCCCAGAGACCCCCGGCACGCAGAUGGUCUGAGCGGUCAGGGGAAAAGUUUGUGACAAGCGCUCCAGACCUCAGACCCCUGCUCCUGCUCCGCAAGCAGCUGAGCCGCUACAUGGAGGUGACACCCGCAGAGUCUCUGCCCGCGAGCAGCCUCUCUCUCCCGGAUCGCUCCUCCCGCUCUCACUGAAGUCUGGAUUGUCUGUCUUUUUCUUUUUCUUUUUUCUCAUUUUUCCCCAUUUUUUGCACCUCACUUCUUCUGGAGUAUCGGGUCAGGUUUCCAGGAAGAAACCUCUGGACGUACAAUGGGAGAACAGGCUGUCUCCAAUAGCAGCCCCCAGCACGGCCAGACCAGGCAGAAUGUCGUCAGGUGUGGGUGGCUAAGAAAGCAAGGGGGCUUUGUGAAGACUUGGCACACACGCUGGUUUGUCCUCAAGGGAGACCAGCUACAUUAUUACAAAGAUGAAGAGGAGACAAAAGCCCUGGGAAUGAUUUUCUUACCUGGGAACAGAGUCACCGAGCACCCAAACAAUGGUGAAGAGCCGGGGAAGUUCCUCUUUGAAGUCGUUCCAGGGGGAGACCGAGAACGAAUGACAGCCAAUCAUGAGACAUACCUUCUUAUGGCCAGCACCCAGAAUGACAUGGAGGAUUGGGUGAAGACCAUUCGGAGGGUCAUAUGGGCACCCUUUGGCGGAGGUAUCUUCGGGCAGAAGCUGGAGGAGACGGUGAGGUACGAAAGGCGCUUCGGGGACAAGCUGGCCCCCAUGCUGGUGGAGCAGUGCGCGGACUUCAUCCGUCAGUGGGGCCUGCGGGAGGAGGGCCUGUUCCGGCUGCCGGGUCAGGCCAACCUGGUCAAGGAGCUGCAGGACGCCUUCGACUGCGGAGAGAAGCCGUCCUUCGACUGCAACACAGACGUGCACACGGUGGCCUCCCUGCUGAAGCUGUACCUGAGGGAGCUCCCCGAACCGGUCAUACCCUUCGCCAAAUACGAGGAGUUCCUCUCCUGCACUAAGCUCCUCAGCAAGGACGAAGGAUCAGGAAUGAAGGAAUUGAAAAAACAAGUUGAAAGCCUACCUCCAGUCAACUACAAUCUGCUGAAGUAUAUAUGCAGGUUUCUCGAUGAAGUCCAGUCCUAUUCAGGUGUGAAUAAAAUGAGUGUGCAGAACCUGGCCACUGUCUUUGGGCCCAAUAUUCUCAGACCUAAGGUCGAAGACCCUGUAGCGAUCAUGGAAGGUACUGUGCUGGUGCAGCAGCUGAUGUCGGUCGUGAUCGGGAGCCACGACGUCCUCUUCCCCAAAGACGAGGAGAGCCCCACGGCCCCGGAGGUGUGCAACAACAACAACGAGGUGCACAGGAAGCCCACGGCGGGCCAGCUGCAGAACCGGCAGAACAACAACCCGGCGGGCGCGCGCCAGUGCUCCUGGGAGACGCCCGAGUCGCCCUGCCGCGGGGCCCUGGACAACGGCUCCCCCGGGCAGCGGCCGGGCAGCCCGCGCGCCGGCCUGGGCGGGAAGCCGGAGCUGGCGCGGAGCCCCCCGCUCACGGUCAAGAAGAACCCGGCCUUCAGCAAGGGCAGCGGCAUCGUCACCAACGGCUCCUUCAGCAGCUCCUCGGCCGAGGGCCCGGAGAAGAGCCAGAGCCUGCCGGCCGCCGCGGGGCCCCAGGCCCGCCGCGCCGCCUCGCUCAAGGGCCCCACGGGCACCAAGAUGGGCACCAGCGGGGUGCCCAACGGCGGCGUGCGCCUGGGCGUGUCCAGCACCGACGUGGUGAACGGGAGCCUGAGCGGCCGCAGCGGGCUGUGGCUGCCCAACGGCUACGUGACGCUGCGGGACAGCAAGCCCAGGGACUGCCCGGGGGAGGCCGCCCCGCAGAACCGCCUCUCCACCUACGACAACGUGCAGCAGCACCUCCCCGCGCCCGGCGGCGGCGGCGGCGGCGUCUGCGAGGACAAGCAGAGCGUGGACAGCGCCACCUGGUCCACCUCCUCCUGCGAGAUCUCCCUCCCGGACAACUCCACCUCCUGCCGCUCCUCCACCACCACCUGCCCCGAGCAGGACUUCUUCGGGGGCCAGUUCGAGGACCCCGUUCUGGACGCGCCCGCGCCGGAGGCCCCCGGCCAGCAGGGGGAGCCGGACCGCCGGAGCAGCGGCGGGCGGGGCAGCAGGGCCGCCAGCGGCAGCGACCACAGCGAGACGCUGGCGGUGAACAGCGGCGCCGGGGGCCACAGCGCCCUCUACAGCCUGGUGGCCAGCCUGAAGCAGGAGAUGCACAAACAGAAGAGCGAGUACGAGGCCCGGAUAAAGAGUCUGGAGCACAGGAACCUGGAGCUGGAGACGGAGAUGGUGAACCUCCACGACGAGCUGGACCAGGAGAGGAAGAAGUACACCAUGGUGGAGAUAAAGCUGAGGAACGCGGAGCGGGCGAAGGAGGACGCGGAGAGGAGGAACGACAUGCUGCAGAAGGAGAUGGAGCAGUUCUUCUCCACCUUCGGGGAGCUGACGGCCGACCCGCGGCGGCCCGAGAGGGGAAACACCAUCUGGAUCCAGUGAGGAGGGACCACCUGAGCCAAAAAAAACCAGCUGACUGUUGCAUUGUGGGUGAGGGCCAUCAGGGAGAGGAUGCCUGAAAGAGACUAGCGUUCUGACAUCACGGACUCCUCCAAAGUCAAAGGAACAUUUCUCACCUUUCUUCUUUAAUGUGGUCCUACCAAAUAUAUACUCCCGCUCUGUUAAGUGUUCUCCCCGUAUCUGGUUGUGUAUAUAGAGCAAAGAAAUGUUGACAACUUCAAGGAAGAUGUGUAUGUAAAAAAAAAAAAAAAAAAAUUAACUAAAGUAAUAUUUUAAUGCAAGUCUGGUAUUUAAACAGAAUUAUCAAUGUGUUGCAUUUACAUUUUAUAUCAAGGCUUUUCCUUGCACUUAUCUCUUUUCCAAUGUGGUACUGAAUGAACUUGUGUAUGCUGAUUUUAUUUUCUGUGUUUCUGUCUCCCGUUUAAUUUAAAUGAAUAACUCGUGGCUAUGCUAUAUGUGCCAUUUGACUCAUUCCAUGACCAAAAAGAGACAGAAAAUAUAAAUAUUUUAUAAAAUAUGUCAGACAUCAUGUCUAUCUUUUUGUUGUCUGUGCUGAUAAAACGCAUUCAGACAUCGCUCAGUCUUAUUAUUAAGACUCCCUGUAAAAUAUAGUCGUAAUAUAUUGAAUGUACAACUAUUCAUUCACUGGCUAUUAGUAUUUUCAGUCAGUAAACAUUUGGGGUCAGUGUAGAAUGGUUUUUUAAAGUUGUAAUCUUGAUGCCAAGAUUAGUGAUGACUGUAUUACAUGCAGGAGAAGAGUAUUGUAACAGUCAUUGAUAAACACGGUUCAAUACAGUUUCUGUGAAUAAAUUAUUUACACUUUA